UCCCAACUCCUCACGCCUGCUGCCCUCUCCACUCUCCAGUCUCCUGCCGCCCUGCCUCCUGCCUCUCUCUCUCUCACGCCGCUCGGCCGUCUCUCUCUGGCUGCCUCUCUCUCGCCUCCUGCGGCCGUCUGCUGACACUCUCUCUUGCUCUCUCGUCGCAAGCGGCAAGCCGUUGUGUCUCUCUCUCGUCUCCCGUCGUGUCGUGGCUUAACUUCACCGUCGUCUCCCUCGCUUUUUCGUUGCAAGCGGCAAGCAGUCGUAUCUCUCUCUCGUCUCCCGUCUUUUCAGGAAGGAAAGAAAGAAAGAAAGAUGAACAGAGACAAAAUAUUUAAGCUGGCAAAGGGGUUCAGGGGCAGGGCCAAGAACUGCAUAAGAAUAGCGACAGAGAGAGUGGAGAAGGCAUUGCAGUACUCCUACAGAGACCGCCGCAACAAGAAGCGCGACAUGCGCUCCCUCUGGAUCCAACGCAUCAAUGCUGGCACCCGCCAACACGGCGUUAAUUAUGGAAACUUCAUGCAUGGGCUGAUGAAAGAGAACAUCCAACUGAACAGGAAAGUUUUGUCAGAACUAUCUAUGCACGAACCAUAUAGUUUCAAGGCCCUGGUAGACAUCUCUCGCACUGCAUUCCCUGGAAAUAAGAAUGUGGUGAUCCCUCCCAAAAAGGAAGGCAUUUCAAUUCUUGUGUAAUUGGUGAUUUAGAUCACUCAUUCUCUCAUUGCCUUUUUCAAAGAAAACUCAACAGUUAAGAAUUAGUGACUUUUUUGGAACAAUAGUGAUUUUAUUUACCUUUUUUUUUU